UCCGCUCUCACGUGCCCUCUCAGUUUGGAUUUUGCGCGAAGUCUCCGAACUUCACCUGCACCUGGGAGAAAAGCCGAAAGCCCCAAUUUGACGCUACAAUCGAAAUCAGAUCCCUAAAACCAAACCAAUCCGAUUUUUUUAACUAGAAUUUUGGAAAAGUAACAACAUCGAAUUCCUUCUUUUUUUCUGGAAUUCUGAAAUUCUUGCAAAGAGAUGACGGAGGACGGUGGCGCUAGGGUUUCUUCCGAUGAUCCGACUGUAAGCAACGAUGCUUCACAGACUAGACAAAGGAAGAAGAGAAAGUGGGAUCAACCUGCAGAGGCUUUUGUUUCAGCUGGAAUUGCUGUCCCAUUUAGCAACAUGGGAACUCUUGCUGGCAUGCCACUUCCUAUUGUAGCUCCAGUACCAGGCACCUUUCUGUCAAAUAUACUUGCUGCUAGUGGUGCAGCUGUUACACCGGUCUUUCAACAGCAUGCCGCUCCGGUGGCCUCUCAACAAAAUCAAACUAAGAUCCAGGAUGAAUUAGUGAUUGCUAGAGAAAUUGUAAUAAAUGAUGCGGAAUCUUCUAUUCGCUACAAGCUCACGAAGCGCCAGACACAGGAAGAGAUACAAAGGUGCACUGGUGCUGUGGUGAUAACUAGGGGCAAGUAUCACCCACCGAAUGCUCCAGCUGAUGGCGAAAAGCCUCUUUAUCUUCAUAUAUCUGCUGCUGCUCAUUUAAAAGAGACAGCAGAGCGAAUUUUAGCUGUAGAUCGUGCAGCUGCCAUGGUGGAAGAACUGUUAAAACAUGGUCAGAGCUCACAGGCAGGUUCUUCCCCUUUUGUGGAAGCUGUGAUGAAUGGUGUGAAGGCAUUUAGCACAUGUGUAUAUUUGGGCUUCGACGCAGAUCCAUCACUGAAUGUUGCUGCUCGUAUUCGUGGACCCAAUGACCAGUAUAUAAAUCACAUUAUGAAUGAAACAGGAGCAACUGUCAUGCUACGUGGAUGUGGUUCCGGAAACCUUGAGAGCCUUCAGGGUGAAGAAGCACAACCACCACUGCACUUAUUCUUGUCAAGUAACAAUCCUAAAAGUCUUGAUGAUGCCAAGCGUUUGGCAGAGAAUCUUCUGGACACUAUCAGCGUAGAGUUCGGUGCAUCCAGGAUUUCAUCAAGUAAGGUUUAUGGUGCAGUUCCACCUCCACAGCAGUUGUUGACUGGAGUUCAAUGUUCCACAACAGGACGCAAUGUGAAUGCUAGUUCAGCUGCUGGUUUGGCAUCAAUGCCAGUUGCUACUCCAGCUCCACCUGUUGCAGUCCCUGUGGCUACUACUGGCUAUUCUCAAGCGAUGGCUGUGGGGAUGCCUAAUUCUGGGCCACCCCAAGCAAAUUCAGUUGGUUAUCCACAGCCUUUGGUGACCAGAGGGACAAGCUAUAUUGGAUAUGGCGGGAUAUACCCCCAAGCAACACCAUUGCAACAGGUAGCAUUAGCUCUUAAACAAUCAUCUCCAAUCUCCUCUACUGUUGUACCUGCAACAUCUGUAGCAAGUGCAGUUGUUCCUACAACAUCAGCUACCAGUACAGUAACCAAAUCAAGUGUUAGCUCUACUUUACAUUCUGAGAAAGAGCGACGGCCUCCACAAAAGCGGAAGUUCCAGGAGUUACCAGCUGGUUCAAAGGGAUCGGCAACAGUCAACCAGGUAUUUUCUCUGACCUUCUAAGAAGCUAAUAGGCUGAUACCAGACCUCUGUUAGGGCCAUUGGUUUGUAUGUUUCACAGGGUUUUCAGUUUCAGAGGAGCAAUUUGAUGAGUUUUUUCUGCUUCAAAACCAUGAUCAAGGACCAUUCAAGAUUUUUUACCCUUUGAUGGGUGUAUAGCCUCAUAUCAUGAACUUCGCAUUUCUAGUGUCCUGUCUUACAUGGCUAGCAUUAUAGAACGUGCAGCUGAAGUUUCAUUUAAAGGCUCUUUGGUGUCAAUACGGUGUGCAUUUUUUUGUUAAGGAUAACUUAGAAGCUGAAAUAACUACUGAAAAUGCAUGAAUAGAUUUAUUAAGUGCAUAAGCUGACCAUAAAUUUUGUGCCACUGCAACUGUUAUUUGUUAAAAGUGACACUGUAUGAUAUCUGGCAUUUUUUUUAAAAAUUUUUGCAUCUUGCCACAAGCUACCUUAGUUUUUGAAUAAGAAGAUUUCAAGGCUUGUUGGCUUAUAGGAUCCUAGCAUCUGUUCGCUGAAGACAUCAAGGGUCACAUUAACUAACUAAAUAAUGGCCUUUCACUAAUUCCAUGUCGUUUUGUCUUCUGACACAGGACCUUUUUAAAGAUUCUGUUGUACCCUUGAGAUCUUAACAUUUUUCUUUUUCCAGAUGUUUCUCAUUAACUAUUAUAUUACUCCUAUUGAGAAAUUAGGCUUGGAUUUUUUCUCUGUAACUCAUUUCAGGAAUCUGAAUCUUUAAAUCCAAACAAGCCAUUGGGAGAUGUAGGUGUGAAAAAUGUAUCAAAUAUGCCUGCUCCAAAGAAGCUGAUUCAUCCUUCAUCUAAUGGAAUGCCGCCACCACCACCCCCAAAAUCCUUGCCGCCUCCACCUCCAAAAACCAUGCAGACUCCACCAGCUCCGCCUUCAAAAACCAUGCUGCCUCCACCGCC